UUUGAUAAAUUUAAGGUUCUCCAUAAAAGCAAUGAACAAGAUAAGAAAAAGACAACUUUUCAGCACCAAACACAACUUUGUAGCAACAUAGACAUCACAUCAACACACACAUGUAUGAAAACUCACGAGUGUAUCACCGUCCCUCAUCUCAGGAACACACACAUACUCUUUCUCUUUCUCUUGUUCAAUUCUCAAGCUACUCAUUCAUUCACACAUUUGAGGUUGUUGAACUCUUCACGAGCUAUAACCAUUUACGUGUCUCUUUAUUCACCCACUCUCUUCUUCUUCAGUGGUCCACCACACACCUUUCUCUUUUUGAUCAAUCUCAAACGUUGUUAAAGCUUUAUCUUUUAUGAUCAUGAUAAUAUGAAGUGAGUUUUUACCUUAUUGGUGUUGCUUGCUUGUUUCAUGUUAAAUGGAUCGACCUGUGAUUGUUGUUGGGCCAGGAAUGGAUAUGCCGAUUAUGCAUGAUAGUGAUCGUUAUGAACUUGUUCGUGAUAUUGGUUCGGGUAAUUUCGGGGUUGCUAGGCUUAUGAGAGAUAAACAAACUGAGGAACUUGUUGCUGUUAAGUAUAUUGAGAGAGGUGAAAAGAUUGAUGAAAAUGUACAAAGAGAAAUUAUAAAUCACAGAUCAUUGAGGCAUCCGAAUAUUGUUAGGUUCAAGGAGGUUAUGUUGACUCCAACGCAUUUAGCGAUUGUAAUGGAGUAUGCUUCUGGAGGAGAGUUAUUCGAGCGAAUAUGCAAUGCAGGGCGAUUCAGUGAGGAUGAGGCGCGAUUCUUCUUCCAACAACUUAUAUCGGGUGUUAGCUAUUGUCAUUCAAUGCAAGUAUGUCAUCGUGACUUGAAGUUGGAAAACACAUUGUUAGACGGUAGUGCAGCUCCGCGUUUGAAGAUUUGUGAUUUUGGAUAUUCAAAGUCCUCAGUACUACAUUCGCAACCAAAAUCUACCGUUGGUACUCCUGCAUAUAUAGCUCCUGAAGUUUUGCUCAAAAAGGAAUAUGAUGGAAAGAUUGCAGAUGUUUGGUCUUGUGGAGUGACAUUAUAUGUCAUGUUGGUGGGUGCUUAUCCUUUUGAAGAUCCAGAGGAACCUAAAAAUUUCCGCAAGACAAUACAUAGGAUUUUAAAUGUUCAGUAUUCAAUUCCUGACUAUGUUCAUAUAUCUCCUGAAUGCCAGCAUCUGAUUUCAAGGAUUUUUGUUGCUGAUCCUGCAAAGAGAAUAAGUAUUCCUGAGAUUAGAAACCAUGAGUGGUUUAUGAAGAACCUUCCAACUGAUCUCAUGGAUGAGAAUGGAACAAACGAUCAGUUUGAGGAGCCUGAUCAACCAACGCAAAGUGUCGAAGAAAUCAUGCAGAUAAUUGCGGAGGCGACAGUUCCUGCAGCAGGAACUCAGAGCCACAACCAGUAUCUUACUGGAAGUUUGGAUAUUGAUGAUGACAUGGAAGAGGAUUUAGACACUGAUCCUGACCUCGAUAUUGAUAGCAGUGGAGAGAUAGUUUAUGCUAUGUAAACCAGUGGAAGGAAUGUGAUUGAAUUUUCCAUGAUCCAUCAUGGUUGUAUUUAUGUUUGUGUUGCUUUGCUUUGCAUUCAUAGCUGUUUCUUUUUAAUAGUAUUACAAAUACAUUAAAUGAAAAAGAACUGUAUGUAUGUACUAUGUAUAUAUCAUGUGUAUCUAUAUAUGUAUAUUUGCUUGUAUCUAAAUAUUUCAAAAGGGCUUCUAUUUU